AUGUCCACCUCCUCUAUAGGGAAGUACCAAGUGAUCAAGACCCUUGGCGAAGGGUCCUUCGGCAAGGUCAAACUAGCACAACACUCCACCACUGGACAAAAAGUAGCGCUUAAAAUAAUCAAUAGGAAAACAUUGGCGAAAUCAGAUAUGCAGGGCCGUGUUGAACGAGAGAUUUCCUACCUUCGUUUAUUGAGACACCCGCACAUAAUCAAGCUCUACGAUGUGAUCAAGUCGAAAGAUGAGAUUAUUAUGGUGAUUGAGUAUGCAGGGAAAGAACUCUUUGACUAUAUAGUGCAAAGGGGCAAGAUGCAAGAAGACGAGGCGAGAAGGUUCUUCCAGCAGAUCAUUGCUGCGGUGGAGUACUGUCAUAGGCAUAAAAUAGUUCAUCGAGACUUGAAACCGGAAAACUUGCUCCUUGAUGACCAACUAAAUGUAAAGAUUGCUGAUUUCGGGUUAAGUAAUAUCAUGACAGAUGGGAAUUUCCUCAAGACUAGUUGCGGGUCUCCCAAUUAUGCAGCGCCAGAAGUGAUUUCAGGGAAACUCUAUGCGGGGCCAGAAGUCGAUGUAUGGUCAGCAGGAGUCAUUCUCUAUGUGAUGCUCUGUGGCCGAUUACCCUUUGACGAUGAAUUUAUACCCGCACUUUUUAAAAAGAUAAGCAAUGGUGUCUACACUUUACCGCAGCACCUAAGUGCUGGGGCAAAGCAUUUAUUAACUAGGAUGUUAGUUGUGAAUCCACUAAACCGGAUCACCAUCCAUGAAAUUAUGGAGGAUCCUUGGUUUAAGAAAGAUAUGCCUGAGUACUUGUUACCCCCUGACUUGUCAAAAAGUAGACACCAUAAAAUCGAUAUAGAUGAAGAGGCUAUACGAGCAUUGACCAUGACCAUGGGCUAUGACCGAGAUGAAAUAGUAAAUGUCAUACAAAAGAGUAAUCAGUACAGUGCUCCAAAGGAGCAGAGUAGUGAGAUCUUAGAUGCUUAUUUACUAAUGAAGGAAAAUAAGGCUCUAGUAAGGGAUUUAAAUAAAAACAAAGGUGGUGCUGGUGGUGCCGGCUUCAGUGUGUUGUCAACAGCUCCUGCUCCAGCAGCUCCUGCCGCUGCUUCUGUUCCUAAGUACACCUCCACCAGUUCUGCCCCCGGGGUCCAGCAAUCAGUCACCUAUCAGACCCUAGCCACUGUUCCAGACCUCUCCACCUUACCCAGCUCAACCAUCGCCAUCCUCCCCUCAAGCUUGCCUUCUAUUCACAGAGCAUACAUGAGCGAGCACCAGCCACAACUUGUCUCCACCAUGCACCCGCCCACCACCAAGAAAUCUAAAACGAGAUGGCAUUUCGGGAUAAGAUCAAGAUCUUAUCCCUUGGAUGUUAUGGGCGAGAUCUAUCGAGCACUUUAUAAUUUAGGCGCAGAAUGGGCCAAACCUGCAGAAGAAGAGUUGUGGACUAUCAAAGUGAGAUGGAAGUAUGAAGUGAUUAGAGAACCUAAUAUGAUGAAGAUGCAGAUCCAGUUGUUUCAACUAGAGCCUAAUAAUUAUCUAGUGGAUUUUAAGUUUGACGGGUGGGAGCAACCACAACCAGCAUCGCCACCGGCAGCAGCGACAGCUGGUGGUGGUGAUGGAAGUAGUGAUGUCAAAGAAGCUGCUACAGGAGCUGCUGCCGCUGCUGCUGCUACAGGAGCUGCUGCCGCUGCUGCUGCUACUACUGCUGCUGCUAGUAAAAGUAAUAGCAGUAUGUCCCUGGACGACGGGAGUUUUUCUGCGUACCCGUUUUUACAUUUGGCUACGAGGUUAAUCAUGGAACUAGCAGUGAAUAGUCAGAGUGGAUAA